GGGAACUCCCUCCUCCGGCAUCUGUGAACAUGCCUUCGGAUCUCCUCUCCUCUAAAUCCCUCUACAUCUGGAUGGAGGUGGUGAUCGCAGUGUCUUCGGUCAUCGGUAAUGUGAUGGUGGUCUGGGCUGUGCGUAUUAACCGGUCUCUGAGGGACACCACGUUUUGUUUCAUCGUCUCCCUGGCCUUGGCUGACAUUGCAGUCGGAGCUCUUGUCAUCCCUCUCGCCAUAACCAUCAGCAUCGGACUGAAGACUCACUUCUACAGCUGCUUGCUGGUCGCCUGCACAGUGCUCGUCCUCACUCAAAGUUCCAUCCUGGCUCUCCUGGCCAUCGCCAUCGACCGGUAUCUGAGAGUCAAGAUACCCAUGAGCUACAAGCGGGUGGUGACUCCUCGACGAGCUGGCACAGCCGUGUUAUUGUGUUGGCUGGUGUCCAUCAUAGUUGGCCUCACGCCCAUGUUGGGUUGGAAUAACCUGCAGCUUCUCCGUGACAAUGGCUCCCAGGUUACUGAUGACCUCUUGGUGAUCUGUGAGUUUGAGACAGUCAUUAGCAUGGACUACAUGGUCUACUUCAACUUCUUUGGCUGGGUGCUGCCCCCUCUGCUCCUCAUGCUGGCCAUCUAUGUCGAGAUUUUCUACAUGAUCCACAAGCAGCUCAACAAGAAGGUGACGGCUAGCCACACAGACCCCAGGCGUUACUAUGGCAAGGAGCUCAAGUUAGCCAAGUCGCUCGCCCUUGUUCUUUUCCUCUUUGCAUUGGGCUGGCUCCCUCUUCACAUCCUCAACUGCAUCACCCUCUUUUGCCCUGACUGUGAUAAGCCGAUAUUCCUCAUCUACAUCGCCAUCAUCCUCUCCCACGGCAACUCGGCCGUCAACCCCAUUGUGUACGCUUUCCGCAUCAAGAAAUUCCGCACAGCGUUCCGGAAAAUCUGGAAACAGUAUGUGCUUUGUCAGGAUCCAGUCGGGCGGCUUCCUCAAAGAGGGAGCCAGAGAGGACAGAGUCAUGAGAGGAGGCUGAGGCAGAAUGAUGAUGAUGAUGACGAUGUGUGACCCUUGGCAACUAAUUGGAUUGCUGUGUAACUGUUAAGUUUCACCCCACUGGUUCACAGAAUGGAAAAAAACUCUGGCAUUAUUUUCAUGCUCGAGGGGUUACUGGGCAAAACGGCCUUAAUGGCAUCGCAGGAUGUCAGAGGGAUGAAAGAGAUUAGGGAACUCCAUCCUGGACUGACUGAUUUCUUCCAUCCAACAAACUCUGAGAGGACAGGAUGACAAAUCGGCAAGGAGACCGGAUAAACAUCCUAAAUCAGACUGUGAUUUGAAUAAGACUGAUUGUUUAUUAAUCCACUUGCUGACAAAAUGAAGAUGAUGUUGAAUGACAGAAGGGGCUUCUCAUCAGUUUCAAAACCAACCUGUUGAACUUGAAUCAGUAAGUCUAUAUCUGUAGCACAACCAGUACAAAUACUAGGAGUAGUAUAUGCUGUAUUCAAUU